AUGAGUCCUCUGAGGCUGCGAGCAUCCCUCUUGCUUCUUCUUCUUCUGCUGCUGCUGCUGGGUGGCUGCCUCCUCGCGGCCGCCCGGAGGGACCCGGGGGCGGCAGGCAGCGCCGCAGAGCCAGCCCGGGGUCCCGUGGGCGGCUCUACCGGCCGCUUCCUCAGCCCCGAGCGCCACGCGUGCAGCUGGCAGCUCCUGCCGUCCGCUCCAGGGCCGGCGGCGGGCAGCGAGCUGUGGCUGCGCUGCCAGGGCCCGGACGGGGCGCGCCACCAGUGCGCCUACCGCGGGGAGCCGGGGCGCUGCGCCGCCUACGCCGCCCGCGGCUCGCGCUACUGGAAGCAGGUGCUGGGCCGGCUGCGCAGGAAGCGGCGGCCCUGCCGGGACCCCGCGCCGCUCACAGCCCGCCUGUGCGCCGGCGGGAAGGGCCACGGCGCCGAGCUGCGCCUGGUGUCCCACGCGUCCCCACCCGCCCGCCCCACUACGGCCGGCUUCCCCCGGGAUCCCAAACCCCGGACCGGGAACCGGGGGCGGGCCCGGGAGCCCGCGAUCGGCCCCGCCGCCACGGCCCCGCCUCCCCUGAGCGCGCGCCCCAAAGGGAAGCCCUCGGAGAAGAAGGCUAAAGGGGGCAAGAGGAAGGCGGCCUCGGACCCCGACGACGAGCGACCCCUGGGGACGGGGCCGGACCCCGACGGGCUGGACCAGAACGCGAAGUUCGCGGAGACCUACUGUGCGGAGAAGUGGCACUCCCUCUGCAACUUCUUUGUUAGUUUUUGGAAUGGCUGA